GCCCCUCCAGGUGGGGAAAGGCAUGGGGUGAGCCCACAGAAGUCAAUUCCCAUGCUUUCCUGUGGGAACCCCUCUCGGGAUCCCCAUUCCUACCCUGCUAUCUGAUAUCCAGUCCCACUCUGCUCUCUUUAAGUCUUUCUGGACGCUCAUUCUCUAGAACCACAGAGGAAGCCAGAAUGGCCAACCGCAACCCACAAUCUCAGAAAUGACUGCCAUGUCCUGCCCUGGGCUCCCUGACCCUAAUCUCACCUUCUAUCGCUGUCCUUGGACUCAGACCCAGGUGUCCACUGUCCGUAUUGUGGGUCCAGAGGUCCCCUGAGUUCAGGGGUAUCCUCCUGCCUGCUCAGGCCAGGAUGGAGGAAAGGAGACCCGAGGAAGCAGCAUGGCCAGUGUAUUUCUGGAGGGCACUCAGACCCAAGGAAGGAGGCAGAAAGCCAGACCAAGCAGGGCCAAGGGCAUGCCGCAGGCUCCCAGGAGCAGCCCCAGGCCCAGAAGCAGCAGUAGCAGAGCCUGCUGGGGGCUGAGUCUUCCUGGGACCACCACCCUAGAUAGGAGUACAGCCUCCUGCCGUCCUGGAUCCUCACCAGGCCCCUGACUCUGGCCUCCCGUGGGAAGUAUGUGCUGUGUCUCGGGGGCAUCUGCGGGCCUGUGGAGAGAAGGUGGCCGCUGGGCUCCAAGAACUGGACUACUUGCUCCCCUGCUUACACUUACACACCUGCCAGGCUCCUGCACACUUACCAGUGGAGCAGAUCCAAGGCCAGGAAGCUGACCAGGAGCAGCAGCAGCAGCCAGGCUGGGCCAGGCGUGGAAAAGAUCGCCUGAAUUGUGAGCCCCAGUGUCCCCAGGCCUAGGACACUGUUGAGCAGCUGGGCCAGGUUAGGGCCCCCGGGGGACAUACAUGGACCCACUGGACUCCACGACUCCUGCCCAGCACCCAAGCCCCUUGGAGGGACUGGGAUAGGAUGAGCAAGGGCUUUGGGCCUAGGGCUCCUUGUGGGGAUCUGAGUGACCAGGAAGGCAUUCUAACCCCAUCCUCACACGAGCAGCUGAGCAAGAGAGGAAGGACUGCGGUCUUUUUCUGGACCUCAGAACAGAGCCCCCGGAUUCGCAUCAUCAAGAAGAAAAAGGUCAUUGUAAAGAAACGGAAGAAGCUCACUACACCCAGACCCCCGGUGACUACCAGGUCUCCAGUGAUCACCACCCCUGCGGGAGCCCUUGACCUCCCAGAGGAGAAGGAACCAGGCUGUCCCCCUCUGGGCCUGGAGUCCCUGCGAGUUUCAGAUAGCCAGCUCGAGGCAUCCAGCAGCCAGUCCUAUGGUCUCGGACCACACCGGGGACGGCUCAACAUCCAGUCAGGGCUGGAGGAUGGUGAUCUCUAUGACGGGGCCUGGUGUGCGGAGCCCCAGGAUGCUGAGCCGUGGCUUCAGGUUGAUGCCAGGCACCCCACCCGCUUCUCGGGCAUUAUCACACAGGGCAGGAACUCUGUCUGGAGGUACGACUGGGUCACCUCAUACAAGGUCCAGUUCAGCAAUGACAGUCGGACGUGGUGGGGGAGUAGGAACCGUAGCAGUGGGAUGGAUGCGGUAUUUCCUGCCAAUUCAGACCCGGAGACCCCAGUGCUGAACCUCCUGCCUGAGCCCCAGGUGGCCCGCUUCAUUCGCCUGCUGCCCCAGACUUGGCUCCAGGGAGGCAAUUCUUGCCUACGGGCAGAGAUCCUGGCCUGCCCGGUCUCAGAUCCUGAAGACUUAAUCCAUAAGGCCCCUGAACUGGGAUCCUCUGACCCUUUGGACUUCCGGCAUCACAAUUACAAGGCCAUGAGGAAGCUGAUGAAGGAGGUGAACGAGCAGUGCCCCAACAUCACCCGCAUCUACAGCAUUGGGAAGAGCCACCAGGGCCUGAAGCUGUAUGUGAUGGAGAUGUCGGACCACCCCGGCCAACAUGAGCUGGGAGAGCCUGAGGUGCGCUAUGUGGCCGGCAUGCACGGGAAUGAGGCCCUGGGCCGGGAGCUGCUCCUGCUCCUGAUGCAGUACAUGUGUCGUGAGUACCUGCGAGGGGACCCGCGAGUGACCCGACUGCUCACUGAGACACGCAUUCACCUGCUGCCCUCCAUGAACCCCGACGGUUAUGAGACUGCCUUUCACCGGGGCUCAGAGCUGGUAGGCUGGGCAGAGGGCCGCUGGAACUGGCAGGGCAUUGACCUCAACCAUAAUUUUGCCGACCUCAACACGCCACUGUGGGAAGCAGAGGAUGAUGGGCUCGUGCCCGACACGGUCCCCAACCAUCACCUGCCACUGCCCACUUACUACACCCUGCCCAACGCCACUGUGGCUCCUGAAACACGGGCAGUGAUCCAGUGGAUGCAGCGGAUCCCCUUUGUGCUGAGCGCCAACCUCCAUGGGGGUGAGCUCGUGGUGUCCUACCCGUUCGACAUGACUCGGACCCCGUGGGCUGCUCGUGAACUCACGCCCACCCCAGACGAUGCCGUAUUCCGCUGGCUCAGCACCGUCUAUGCUAGCACUAACCGGGCCAUGCAGGACCCGGACCGCCGACCCUGCCACAACCAAGACUUCUCCUUGAAUGGAAACAUCAUCAACGGCGCCGACUGGCACACAGUCCCUGGGAGUAUGAACGACUUUAGCUACUUGCACACCAACUGCUUUGAGAUCACCGUGGAGCUGUCCUGUGACAAGUUCCCGCACGAGAGCGAGCUGCCCCAGGAGUGGGAGAACAACAAGGAUGCCCUCCUCACCUACCUGGAACAGGUGCGAAUGGGCAUCGCAGGAAUUGUGCGCGACAAGGACACAGAGCUCGGGAUUGCGGAUGCUGUCAUUUCUGUGGACGGGAUUAACCACGAUGUAACGACAGCAUGGGGUGGGGAUUACUGGCGCCUGCUGACCCCAGGGGACUAUAUGGUGACCGCCAGUGCUGAAGGCUAUCACUCAGUGACGAGGAGCUGCCGAGUCACCUUUGAAGAGGGCCCAGUGCCCUGCAAUUUCCACCUCACCAAGACUCCCAAACAAAGACUUCGAGAACUGCUUGCCUCCGGGGCCAAGGUGCCCCCAGACCUUCGGAGGCGGCUGGAGCGCCUGAGGGGACAGAAGAAUUAACACCUUCAGGUGACACAGCCACAGAGCUGUGGGCAGGCUGGACCUGUCCAGAACUGAAAGUGGGAGGGAAAGAGUGGGGGGAGAGGUGCCCAGGCUCAUUAAAGCUGCUUGGUACCUCAG